AGCCAGCCACUCACCUCGAACCAAAUUAUUAGCCCCGUUGUCGCCGCCGGCUGCUACACACACUUCUCCGCGUUCCUCGCCGCCGCCGGAGCAAUCCCGCGGCGCACUGUCUAACUCACCACCAUGCUGCAGAGCAAGUCAUUCGUGAAGAAGACGAAGCAAGGCCGCAUCCAAAAGGUCGUCAGGGAGCACUACCUCCGCGACGACAUCUACUGCGGCUUCGUCCCCUGCACCGCCUGCGCCGCAGCCGCGGAGCGAAAGCUUGGCGCCGCUGCCGCCGCCAUCCUCGUCGUCGACACCAACGUCGUGCUCCACCAGAUCGAUUUGCUGGAGAACCCGGCGAUUGAGGAUGUCGUCCUGCUGUCAGUGGUGCUGGACGAGGUGAAGAAUAAGAACCUUUCAGUUUUCAACAGGAUCAAGGCACUGUGUAUCAACAAAGCACGUAGAUUCUAUGUUUUCGCCAACGAGCAGCAUAGUUUCAGCAUGAUUGUAUUUCUUUUUGAGGAAAGGGGAGUGCAACCGAGUACGGGGAAACUUACAAAGACCAGAAUCGGUGUCUUAGGCAGAAUGUGCCUAGCAACUGAAACAGCUAUCCUAUUCAGAACGCGGAUCUCUGAACAAGAAUGAGUUUCAGCAUGAUUGUAUUGAUGAAAUGUCUUUAUCCAAUCACCAUGACCGCACAAUUACUUAUCAAAUAGUUUCAUGGGAAGAAUUAAUAGCUUUGGUAGAUGCCCAUGUUCUGAGAAGGCUACAGCUUCCUAAUGCAAAAUUGUUAAUGUGUGUAUCAUUACUUGCAAGCUUACACUCUUCUUGACAUUGCAUCUUUCAAAGGGAUAUAGAAAUGGAUUAGCUGCAUGAAAAAAGGCAAUAGAACUCCUAAUUCUACAGAACUAGGUCAAUCGCAGCAAUCUAUGUUGGCCUGCAAAAAUAUUCUCUGCCGUCUAGAAUGCAAGUGCCUAUGAAUGGGAAAUUUUGAAAUCUAAUUGCUUCAGCUUCUAGUUGUGUAGUCCUGUAAAUCGUGGAUACUUACGUCAAAGACAUGGUUGGGGAGAGCUCUAAUGAUCGUAAUGACAGAGCAAUUCGUGUUGCUGCACGUUGGUACCAAAGUCAUCUUGGUGAGAGCGUGAAGGUUCUACUGAUCACAAAUGACAGAGAUAACAAAAGGAAAGCGAUUGAAGAAGGCCUUAACGCUGAGACAGUUGAGUCAUAUGUAAGAUCGCUUGCACAGCCUGGUUUGCUUGAUUUGGUUGUUGUUCCAACUAGCGGAGAUGUUUCUAUGGAAGAUGUAGACGAUCAUAGACCAUCAAAGAAGAAAGUAAUCUACAAUGAGCACAAACCUAUGUCAGAAAUUACAUCUGGUUUGCGGUGUGGAAUCUACCAUCAAGGGAAGCUUCGAGUUAAUCGUUACAAUCCGUUUGAAGCUUAUGUUGGAAGCGAGAGCAUUGGUGAUGAGAUUGUUAUCCGUGGCCGCUCAAAUAUGAACAGGGCCUUUGAUGGUGAUAUAGUUGCUGUUGAGCUCUUGCCACAAGAUCAAUGGCACGAGUCAAAGUCUUUUAUAGCAGAUGAUGAUGAAGAAGAAGAAGAAGAUGUUCAUUUAGUCCCUAAUAGUGCUGAUGAUGCUCCUCGGAACACUAAUUCCACACAAUCAACAGUUGGAUCAUCAGCUCCUUCCAUUUCUAGUCGUCCAGUUGGGCGUGUUAUGGGUAUAAUCAAGCGAAAUUGGAAUUCGUACUGUGGAUCCUUGCAGCCGAUGCCCAUGCCUGCUGGUAGUGGGGGUGUCGCUCAUGCUUUAUUUGUUUCAAAAGAUCGAAGAGUUCCUAAGAUUCGAAUUCAAACCAGGCAGCUUGAGAAUCUUGUGAACAAAAGAAUUGUUGUCGCGGUUGAUUCAUGGGAUGUUUUGUCUCGAUAUCCAUCAGGACACUAUGUACGAACCAUUGGAGAUAUUGGUGACAAAGAAACUGAAACAGAGGUUGUCUUAAUAGAGAAUGAUAUCAACACCAGGCCUUUCUCUACACAAGUCCUUGCUUGUUUGCCACCUUUACCUUGGACAUUAUCACCAGAAGAUCUGGCUAAUCCUAAUAGACAAGACUUACGCCAAGUGAGAGUCUUUAGUGUGGAUCCACCAGGUUGUCGAGACAUUGAUGAUGCACUACAUUGCACACUACUUCCAAAUGGGAACUUUGAAGUUGGAGUUCAUAUCGCUGAUGUCACUAAUUUUGUUCACCCUGGUACCCCUCUUGAUGAGGAAGCUGCGCAAAGGGGCACUUCUGUUUAUCUUGUUGGGCAGCGGAUUGAUAUGCUUCCAAAGCCCCUGACUGAAGAUGUUUGUUCACUUCGUGCUGAUGUUGAACGGUUGGCAUUCUCUGUCAUUUGGGAAAUGACUCCGGAUGCUGAUGUUAUAUCAACGAGAUAUACAAAGAGUGUUAUCAAAUCUUGUGCUGCAAUGUCUUAUGUUGAAGCCCAGGCAAGAAUGGAUGACAGCCGCUUAGUUGAUCCACUAACUGUAGACUUGCGGAACUUAAAUUCAUUGGCAAAGAUCAUGCGACAACGCCGUUGUGAAAGAGGGGCUUUGACUCUUGCUUCUGCAGAAGUAAAAUUUGAGAUUGAUAGUGAAACUCAUGAUCCUCUUGACAUAGGAAUUUAUCAAAUCCGUGAGGCAAAUCAAAUGAUUGAAGAAUUUAUGUUGGCUGCAAAUGUUUCUGUUGCUGAGAAGAUUUUGAAGCAUUUCCCCUUAUGUUCAUUGCUAAGGCGCCAUCCUAGCCCAACAAAAGAGAUGCUUGAGCCAUUACUCCGUACUGCCUCUUCGAUUGGCCUAAAUCUGGACGUGUCAUCCUCAAAGGCAUUAGCUGAAUCACUUGACAACGCAAAGAGCAAUGACCCAUACUUCAACAAGCUUAUUAGAAUUUUGGCGACUAGAUGCAUGACACAGGCUGUUUAUUUCUGCAGUGGAGAUUUGACCUUUUCUGAAUAUUACCAUUAUGGGCUUGCUGCUUCUCUUUACACUCAUUUCACUUCUCCCAUUCGCAGAUAUGCAGAUGUUGUUGUUCAUAGAUUGCUAGCUGCAGCUCUGAAUAUUGCAAAGCUCCCACCAAUCUUUCAGGAUGGUCCACAACUUACAGGCAUUGCUGACAACCUGAAUUACAGGCACAGAAAUGCCCAGAUGGCAAGCAGAGCAUCAGUUGAACUCCACACCCACAUAUAUUUCAAGACAAGGCCAACUGACACUGAAGCUAGGAUAGUAAAGAUCAAGGCAAAUGGUUUCAUAGUAUUUGUCCCAAAGUUUGGCAUAGAAGGGCCCAUCUACCUUACUCCGAAGGGCGACAAAGGCGGUGAUUGGGUUGUUGACGAGGUGCACCAGAGAGUAACCAAGCCCGGAACAAACAUCAGCUAUGCUAUCCUCCAGACUGUCAGGAUUCAUAUGGAGGUUGUUGAACCUCAGCCUCAUCGCCCAAAGCUGCAACUCACCCUGAUAUGAAAAAUGUACAGCUGAAUUGUAGCAACAUUGUAGUGUUUUCCCGGGCCUCUCACACCUCCAGCUCACUCUUUAGUUCAACAUUGGUGUGAUUUUCGAUUUGUAAAACUAAUCAGUAAUCACCACAUGGUCAAGAUUUUGUAGUAUCAGAUAGUUUUUUCUCAAUACAUGGGGCUCUAUGCAUGGAAGCUUAGUUUCUGAAUGGUACUCACAAUAGAGAAAAUAUACGACAUUGUAUUCUGUUUAUGUGAAAGAGAUGUAUGUUAAUGUGACAAGGGUGGUUAUUGUGCGCACGCACCAUUCAUUUAUAUGGGAAGCGAACAUUAUUUUUGCA